AGAACAGAAUGAACUAUGGAUGUCUGCAGGCAGCCGCAGCAAGAUCAGACCUACUGUGACCGGCUGGUACAGGACACACCUUUCCUGACAGGACAGGGUCGCCUGAGCGAGCAGCAAGUGGACAGGAUCAUCCUGCAGCUGAACCGAUACUACCCCCAAAUCCUUACUAACAAGGAGGCCGAAAAGUUCCGGAACCCCAAGGCAUCCCUGCGUGUGCGGCUCUGUGACCUCCUAAGCCACCUGCAGCAGUGUGGGGAGAGGCACUGUCAGGAAUUUUACCGAGCGCUGUAUAUCCAUGCCCAGCCCCUGCACAGCCACCUGCCCAGCCGCUACACUCUCCAAAACUCAGAUUGCAGAGAGCUGGACUGGGGCAGCGAGAGCCGCGAGCUGAGUGACAGGGGACCCAUGAGCUUCCUGGCAGGCCUAGGCCUAGCAGCGGGCCUGGCCCUCAUCCUCUACUGCUGCCCUCCAGGCCUUACAAGCCUAAACCCACUGAGGCCUGCAGCUUGCAGUAAGCCCCGCCUUCUCUAUUUCCUCUGUCCUGUGAUGCCUGAGUCUGUCAUCAGAGGAGGCCUUGGGGAUAGGGCCAGGUAUGGGCUCCUACGGCCUUAUCCGCUGAAGGCUUGGGGGUCACCCAGGCAGGAGCUAAUGAUCUCUGGGGCCAGAACCAGUUCUGAUCUUUCAUCUCCAAAGCAAGGACCAUGUACCCCAAAGUGCUGCCUGGGACCCGACGCAUCCUUGCCUUCUCACCUGUCAUCAUCGACAGGCAUGUUAGCCGCUACCUGUUGGCCUUCCUGGCAGAUGACCUCAGAGGGUUCUGACGGACCCAGACCCUGGGCCUUACCUGCUACUUAACCAAAGAGUCCCCUGGCUGCCCACUGUGGGGUCCAUGCUUUUUUUUUUUCUAAAUACUUAUUUUUCAUUAUUUAUAAUUUCUAUGAGAACACAUCACCUUCACUCUUCAGGGUGCUUAAUAUUAAAUGUUCCAACUGUC